AUGUCUGAUCCAGUAGAGUUAUUAAGAAAAGCUGAAGAAAAAGGUGUACCAUCCACUGGGUUUUCCAAAAUCUUUAGUUUAGGAUCCUCAGAUGCAUCCAAAUACGAGGAAGCAUCAGAUCUAUGUAUUCAAGCUGCCAAUAUCUAUAGAUUACGCAAAGAACUAAAACUGGCAGGUGAUUCAUUCACUAAAGCAGCUGAUUUCCAAUUGAAAGCAGGAAAUGAAGACGAUGCUUCAAAUAUUUUUAUCGAUUCUUAUAAAUGUUACAAGAGUUCUGGUAAUUCAACCGAUGCUGUCAAUUCAUUAAAUAUGGCCAUUGAUCUUUUCACUAAGAAGGGACAAUUUAGAAGAGCAGCUAAUUUUAAAUUUGAAUUAGGUGAAAUUUUGGAAAAUGAUUUAAAUGAUUACGUUAAUGCUGUAUCUGCUUAUGAAAUUGCUGGGGAUUGGUAUUCUCAAGACCAAUCUGUUGCAUUAUCUAAUAAAUGUUUUAUUAAAUGCGCUGAUUUGAAGGCACUUAAUGGUCAAUAUAUUGAAGCAAGUGAUAUUUAUUCUAAAUUAAUUCAAAAUAGUAUUGGCAAUAGGCUCAGUCAAUGGUCCUUAAAGGAAUAUUAUAUGAAAAAGGGACUUUGUCAAUUGGCCGCUACAGAUAAUGUUGCCGCAUCAAGAACAUUACAAGAAGGACAACAUGAUGAUCCAAAUUUUGCUGAUUCUAGGGAAGCUGCACUAUUGAAAACUUUAAUAGAAUGUGUAGAUGAUGGUGAUUCUGAGAAAUUAAGUCAAGCUGUUUUCGAUUUUGAUAAAUUUGCCAAGUUAGAUAAAUGGAAGACGACUAUUUUGUUAAAAAUUAAAGACACGAUUUCUCAGGCAGAAGAUGAUCUUUUGUGA